ACGGGACGCACGCUGCCUGUUGUUUACUUCCAGAAGCCAUGGAAGUGCGGCCUGGGAGCGGAGAAGAAGGGGGAGGGGGGCGCCUGAAGGUAUUGUGAAAGCAGCUUUUCGGGACCUUGUUUACUGCUGCUUCGCCGCACUACCCGACACUUGAACGACGCGGAGAUGAUAUGUUUCCCCGCUCCUUCCAACGGACGUCGACGAAAAGACUAGGAUGCCGCAGCUUGGAAGCCUGUUGACCCAGUUUCACGUCGGAGCACUGGAAAAGACCCAGAAAACACUGCCUGAUUUUCUUCAACAUGUCAGGAAACUCACCGGGCUGAGACAGGACGACGUCUACUGCAAUCUUCGCGUUCCCGACCAGUUUCAGGCCGGAAAAGAUGACAUUAACGUUGUUAUUCUCACGGGCCAAGGGAUCUUCUGCAUCGACGUAAAACUCUGGCGAGGUCUGGUGUCUGCCCACGAGCAAAAGUGGCACAUUCAAGUGAAGGAGAAGGAGCAGAACUUCACCAACACCUGCAUUGAGCAGAUUGAGGACCCCCUCAAAGCUAUCGUGACCAAGACGUCUCACCUCUGUGCCCAUUUGAGGAGGAGCGGUGUGUCCGUGCGCCAGAGCUCCUUCUUCCACAAAGUCGUCUUUCUCUCGCCCGAGUGCGAGCUGGACGAGGGGCUGCGGCAGAGGCGAGAGCUGGUGUCCCAUAGCCAGAUAGACGACUUCCUGCGGUCUUUCAGGGAGGGCUACGUGGCCUGGAUGUCCGAUGCAGUGACCCCCUCCUGGCUGUCUGGUCACCUGUCCUACAGGCAGAUGGAUUCGGUGCGGCAGGUCCUGAAGAGGUCCGGCACCUGGGAUCUGAUGUGGCUUCACAACGGCGAGCAGCUGAAAGGCGACUACCACAGUUGCCAGUACAUCGCGCUGGACCGCCAGGAGACGGGGACCCUGGAGUUCUCCAGGCUCAAGACGUUAUGGGCCCUGAUAGGCCACGCCCCUCAGGUGACGGUUAAAAUGUACAAGCGUGGCAGCUCAGGCGGCUGGCUGGGCAAGUCGCCCAGCGCCAGCGCCACCAUCCCCUCGGACACCGUGGUCAUCUUCCGGGUGAGCGGCGAGGAGGCGGAGGCCAAAAUCCCGGCCUACACCAUCCACAGCAUCACGCUCAGCGUCUGAGAGGAUCGGACGGCUUGGCUCCGAAACCAAAAGGCCAGAUUUUUGUUGAGUGCCUUUUUUUAGCGCCUUGUUUGUAUGCUUUUACAUGGUGGGAGUGGAUGACUAUGUUACCUAAUACUCAGUGGUGAUGAUGUUUUUGUACACUAACGUAUUUACUCGACCUCAUUUUCGUAAACAUCAGGACUCGGGAUGGGUAUUGACUUCUGUGCGUCUACUGGAACCGACCGAAUGAUGUCAGUAUUUUCAGAUAUCCAUUCACGAUAUUUCAAUACCUAUUGUUGCGCGUGACGUCAUGUCAAAAUGCACUCAGAACACUUGGCAGAGAAACGGGUUUAUUUGUAGCAUGCAUACCAUUUUGCCAUGACAACCAAGAAAGCAUGUCUGAUAGAAAGUAAGGCUCCGCUAGCUCGAUGCUAAUUUACAUCAAAUAUAACAUAUACAUGCUACGGAUUAGCAUUAGCAAUUUUACAUGGCGGUUUCAACACCACCGAGUUUGGGAAUGACAACGACAACUGAGAUGUACAGUACAGGACAAAAGUUUGGACACACCUCCUCUUUCAAUG